ACGUCAGUGUCAUUUUGAAGGCAAGGUUCGGGCGGCAAUGUGAGCGGAGCUCCGCCUAUUCUGGAGCUGCACGGUUCCCACACUGGGGGAAACAUGGCGGCCUCUGUGAUUCUGGAGCGGAGCUACACCGAACUGAGCGGAACCGAGCGGGAAUCCAAGAGGAACUUCCGGGAGCUGAGCCUGAGGCCCGAUGUUACCCCUGUGGUUGGAGGCUCGAAAUCCAGUGAGUGCGCUGGGGGUUAUUAUUACAAAGACAGCAGCAAUCUCCUAUCGGCCACCAGAAAUCGGUUCUUACACUGGACCUCACAUGGGGAUACGCUGGAACUGGUGGAGGAGUCAUUGGAUACCAACCUCCUGAACAAUGCCAUCCGACUCAAGAUCCUCAAUUGUUCCAUCUUACCUGGAGGAGUCCACGUGUGCGAGACGCACAGCAAUGUGCUUAUCCUGGUGGUCACAAACCAGACUGUUCACAGGCUUGUACUGCCCCAUCCUUCACGCAUGUACAGAAGUGAGAUCAUUUCAGACAACCAGAUGCAGUCCAUUUUUACAGAUCUUGGCAAGAUGAACUACAAGAACCCAUCAAACAGCUACGUGAUCCCUGCACAGCCUGGCCGUGCGCAGAGCUCCAAUGCAUCCACAGCGUGGCUGAGCAGUGAAGGAGAAGCACUGUUUGCCUUUCCAUCAAGCUCCGGUGGCAUCCUCGUUGUCAAGAUGCCUCAUUUUGAUGAAGAUGGGCCAGUGACUGCUGUGGAACUCAGACAAACCUCUGUUAUGAAGUUAUUAACUGGCUGGAUGCCAACAGGGAAAAGAGGUGACCAUGGUCCUGCACAUCUCCCUGUUAGCUUAGCUGUCCACUGCCUUGAACAUGACGCAUUAAUAUUUGCAAUGUGCCAGGAUCACAAACUUCGCAUGUGGUCUUACAAGGAUCAGAUGUGUCUUAUGGUGUCUGAUAUGCUGGAGUUUGUUCCCUUUAGUAAGGAUAUGCGACAGACUCCAGGCAUUGGUCACAAGCUGAAACUGGCACACUCGACAUCUAUAGGACUUUAUCUUGGGUUGUACCUACACACAGCCAGCCAAGGACAGUUCUGCGUUUUCCAACUUAUUACUGCUGAAAGCAGUCGCUACAGUUUAGAUCAUAUCUCCACAAUUUUCUCAAACCAGGAAACAUUGGUUGACUUUACAUUUACAUUGGCCACUACUGAUAUCUGGGCCCUGUGGCUCGAUGAUGAAAACCAGACAAUUGUGAAACACAUUAAUUUUGAACAUAACCAAGCUGCCCAGUGGAAUAAUGUUUUCAUCAAUCCUCUGCCAGAAGAAGAGCUGAACAUUGGAGAUGAACAAGACCCAAGGGAAACUUUUCUGGAGUGUCUCUUUUCCCCCGGAAGGUUUACAGUCGCUUCCUUGUUGAAAACCCUACAGAUUUAUCAAAGAGGGGCUGGAAAGUUGCUGGACCUUUCAUGGGAAGAGAUGAGGAAAGAGGUCACUUUAACAGUUGAAAAUGAGCUGCACAGUCACCUCACAGAGUACGAGAUGUCCCAGGAGGAGUUCCGCCAAUUACAAGUGGAGUAUUGGUCCAAGUUCUAUUCAUGCUGCUUGCAGUAUCAGGAGGACCUGUCUCGUCCCCUUGCUUUAAUGGUGCACCCUUACAUUGGCAUGGUCUGCCUGCUGAGAAAGGGUUUUGUGUCCUUCUUGGCUCCCUGCUCGUUGGUUGAUCACUUGUAUCUCUUGCCGACAGAACACUUGCUGACGGAAGAUGAAAGCGUCAUCUCAGAUGAUGUGGAUGUUGCUAGUGACACAAUAUUUCUGAUGCAUUGCUUACGUAUGAUUGGGGAUUACAUUACCUUCGACAUGGCGUACAUGAUUGAGUCUGCAUGCUGCCAUCGGCAGCCCCCAGAGAGAGUUGCAGAAAGAAUCUUGGAAGAAAUGAUUGCCAACGAUGUGGAAAGUAUCAUGGAAGACAUUCACAAUAAACUGCAAGACAUCAGAAAUCCCCACCAAGCCAUCAGUAAUCUGCUUCGAGAGAUGGACUACGAGACAUCUGCGGACAUAGACCAGACUAUGGACCUUGGUCAACCUCUGAACGUACGAAUGAACCUCUCCAGUCUGUAUGGCAGCACUAUAGCAUCCAGCAUAGUAUGUCAGGCCGUCUGCAAAAUAUCCCUCACACGCUUCUUGAUUUGCCGGGACUUGCUUAUCCUUCAGCACCUCUUGAUAAGGAUGGGAGAUGUGGUGUUUGCUGGACCAAGUCACCUGCUGCAGACCCAGCAAGAGCUGAUACCUCGCACCUCCCAUAUGCUCCUGUCUUACUACGUCAUUCGAUGGGGAAGCCAGUGUUUGGCUUCUGUUAUUCCUGUGGAUACCCUGGAAUCCAACCUCCAGCACCUAUCAGUUUUGGAGCUGUCUGAUUCACCAGCAUUCACUCCAGGAAGCAGAUAUGUUUCUGGACCUCAGACAAUCGUGGAGUUGUUUUUCCAGGAUGUGGCCAGAAAACGGUUGUCUCAGAUGUUUGCCCGCUCCAGCUCGGCGCAGACGCACACUCCUCUGAACUGGCCACAGCUAAUCACAGAUAUCGUCACUUAUCUUCUUCAGCAUCUAUGGCCAGGUAAUCCUGGUUUCCUCUUUCCUGAGUGUUUGAUGAGAAGCUGUCAGUACACUCAGCUACAGGAGUAUGUACGACUUUUACAGCCCUGGUGUCAAGUGAACGUUGGUUCUUGCAAUUUCAUGAUGGGACAGUGCUAUCUGGUCAUGGGUGAGGGACAUAAGGCCCUAGAAUGCUUCUGCAAGGCAGCCUCUGAAGUGGAGCGAGAGGAUUUCCUGGAGAAAUUGGUUCAUGUGGAAGAAGGGGAUGCACCUUCAUCGGCCUGUCUGCAGUAUUAUAACAGAGUCUUGAGGCUCCUAGAGGACAUGGGAUUACCUGAGCUGGUCAUUCAGCUGGCGACUCUGGCUAUUGGAGAAGCUGCAGAUGACUUGUCAAGUCAGGCCGCUUUAAAGACGCGAAUUUUCAAACAUUUCUUGGAUUUGGGACACAACCACCAAGCCUAUGAGUCAAUGAUACAGAUUCCUGAUCACAGCAGGCAACAGGACUGUUUGCGACAGCUGGUUGUAGUUCUGUGUGAACGCUCUCAGCUCCAAGACCUUGUGGAGUUUCCGUAUGUGAAUCUACAUAAUGAGGUUGUCAGUAUCAUCGAAUCUCGAGCCCGUGCUGUCGAUCUGAUGACCCAUAAUUACUAUGAGCUCUUGUAUGCUUUCCAUAUUUACCGGCACAACUAUCGGAAAGCUGGAACAGUCAUGUUUGAAUAUGGGAUGCGGCUUGGCAGGGAGGUCCGAACGUUGAGAGGUCUUCAGAAGCAAGUGAACUCUUACUUGGCGUGCCUGGGUUGUUUACGGCUAAUUCGCCCCGAGUAUGCCUGGAUAGUGCAGCCAGCCUCGGGAGUUGUGUAUGAGCGUCCAGGAUCGUCUCCGAAAAGGACCCACGAUGGAGAGUGUCCUCCGGCUCCAAGUCAUGCCACGCUUUUAACGUCAUUGUAUUGUUUACCAGGAAGUAGUCAGAUUGAGAUUCUGGAGCUAAAAGACUUGAAGAAGGAGUAUAUCCUUGCUCAGACACGGUUGACAUUGGCUCAGCAUGAUAGCAGUACAGCAGCAAUAGCUGGAAGUGCAUCAGCUGAAGAAAUGGUGGCCUUGUUGGUUCAGGCGGGCCUCUUUGAUACUGCCAUUUCCUUGUGUCAGACAUUCAACCUUUCUCUGGUUCCUGUGUUUGAAGGAUUGACAUACAAAUGCAUUAAGUUACAAAAUGGCGGAGAGACUGCACAAGCUGAGGCUUGGCAAUGGCUGUCUGCCAAUCAGUUGUCUUCUGUAGUCACCACCAAGGAAACAAGUGCCACAGAUGAAGCCUGGAGGUUAUUGACUUCCUAUCUGGAAAAAUAUGAAUCACAGAACAAUUUGUAUCAUCGCUGUGUCAUUAACAAGAUGCUGUCUCAUGGAGUUCCUCUGCCCAGCUGGAUAACAAUCAGCUAUAAGGUGGUGGAUUCAGCAGAAUUGCUGCGAAUGUAUUUGAAGUAUGAUCUUCUGGAUGAGGCUGCAGACUUGGUAUUGCAAUAUGUAGAUGCCAUUUUGGGGAAAGGUCACCAGUAUUUUGGGAUCGAGCUGCCGCUAUCUGCUGUUUCUCCACUGGUGUGGUUGCCAUACUCUUCUGUUGACCAUCUUCUACAAGCGUUGGAAGAGAACAGCAAUAAUCAGCACAACAGAGAUUUACUUGACAAGCUGAAAGCUAAACUGGAUGAUUAUUUCAGCCAGCUGGAAGCCUCCACCGCAAACCUUCAGGUUAUCCGGAGAAGCUAGCCAUCUUCACUGCCUUGCAUAUUUUUGGAAAACCAAUUUCCACAGCAAAUUUGUAAUUAUGUUGGAAACUUCUGAAAUAUUGUCACAAUUCGCUAUUUUUUUGUAAAAUAAUAAAUAUUUUCUAUUAAGCUGUUA